GGCACCGCGGGCUGAGGGGAGCGGGGUGAGCGGCUCGGCCGACACCGCCUGCUGAAGACAGGGAUGCGGCGGCCGGGGGAGGCUCUGGGGGGAUCUGCAGUGCUGGAGGGGUGGCAGGCUGCUCCGUGCCGGCUCUCCCACUGAGGGAGCCCACCUGGGGACCCCACGUCGGGUGGCUCCCAUUUUGGAGAGAACACACUUGCCUUCUCUUCUGACCACCUGUGUUUCAUUCCUCCAUCUUUUUCUUCAGUUCCACACCUCUAGCACGCUGAAACCUUGAAUACCUGGGAAGUCCAUCACUGAAAAUGAUCCCAAACCAGCUGCGGGUCAGCUCUCCAGUGUGCAGGCAAGAAGAAGAGACAAUGGAUGGCAGCACUGCCUCUGAGCAGGAUGGAGACUGUGCUACUUCAGGGCACAGCCAGGGGCUUAAGAUGGAGCCCUGUUUCCAGACUGACUCUCUCCUGCCUUCUCCCAGCACAUCCCUGAUAUCACAGCUCCUCAGCCACCCGAUGGCUGGCAGCAGCCUGGAUCCUUGCAUCCUUCUCCCUUUCUCCCAGGCAGCGGCCCUGCCUCAGGACUACGAGUGUGACGCAUCUUCUGGAGAAGGAGCGCAAGCUCUGGCUUUCCCCAGGACCCAUGCUCCAGCUUCGGUGACCUGUGCUGGUGACGGGGACCAGCUCUCUGACCAGCGUCUACAGGACCAGGUCUCUGACCAGCACUUACGAGCCAAGCGGGCCAGGGUGGAGAGCAUCAUUCAAGGCAUGAGCCUCCCACCAACCCCCCCAGCAUUUGGCACCAGUCUGGAGGCAGCUUUUGGGCAUGAGAGGCAGAGGGGCAGCGAGAUGCCCUGGGAGAGCAAGAGGAAGCUGAAGGUGCCCCAGCAGGGCACGGGGGCAGCCGGGCAAGUGGCCCUUGCAGGGGGCAGCCACCAUGCUGAGGGCUGCCAGCAGCUGAAGGAGCAGCUCUGCUUUUUAGAGCAGCAGCUGAGGAGGCUUCAGGAGAAGUUCUCCCAGGUCUGUGACCCCAGGGACACUGCCCAAACCCAGGAAGGUACCGAGAAAGCACAUCCACUGCCUGGGAAGCCUGGUGACAGACCACACAAGGACAGUGCCACUGCCACCAGUGACCGAUGCAAAGUGCCUCUCUGGAGUAGCACCCCAGGGGUCCAUGGGCAGGAGGAGGAGGGGGGCAGAGAUGGCACAGGUGGCUUGCCCUCAGCUGCCAGGGUCCUCUCACGGGCACUGAAGCAUGAGCUGGCCGGGGUGACGUCCCAGGUGGUGGACUCUGUCUUGAAGACUGUGUGGCCAAAGGCAACCGGCCACCUCCUGCAGCAGUACUGCAGCCACCUGGUGCUGGGGCCAGGUCCCAGGAGAGAGUAUUUUGCUGUUGGGAAAUGCAGAAAGCCACUUUCUAAGCCAUCCCCCGUGAAUGGGCUUGGCUCGCUGGGCUCACCACAGGCUGAGGCCCUGCCAGGAGCUUCAGGAAAAAGCCCAGGCUCUCAUGUUGUCUCCUUCACUUCAAAGGGGGUCAGAAAACCCUGUGAGGUACUCAGCUUGGGUUAUCCGCUGAGCUCAGCCACCCCUGUCCAGGACAACCAGCUGCUGAGCCAGCUGCUGGGCUGUGGCCAGCAGAGCCCCUGGGGCAGUGGCUCUCGCAGGACCUCCUCUGCUCCUGAGAGGGGUCCUCUGGAGCCCCUUGACUUGCACUGGGAAACCAUCAAACUGAGGUCAUCAGUUCUGAGACAGCAGCAGCAGCACCCCCUGCCCCUGGGCUCUGUCGACGUGGAGAGCCUGGCACUGCUGCCGGCUGGCAGGGAUGGCCACAAGGAGCUGCAGACUGUGAUGGAUGGGGCACCCUUUGCCUCCACCCAUAUAUCCUUUGGGCGCAACUGGAGAGGUCCCUGGGCUUGGAUGUGUUCCCUUAUAUCCCUGUUCCCACCAGGCUGGGGAGCACUGUGGGGAGCAGCAGCUUACCCAAAGAUGCCAAAGGGAAAAGGCCAGUGGCUGCCUGGCUGGAGGCAAAUCCCCUCCACGCUGCUGCCAGGCCAUGGGGAGGGGCUGUUGCAGGUGCUAGCCCUGUGUGUGCCAGGGCCAGUGCCCAGGGACGCGCCAAGCUGUUGGAAUGCUGCAUGCAGGCUUUCCUUGACCCCAAGGCAGAUCCAGGAGGCACUGACCCCCGGCCACCUGAAGAAGGCCAAGCUGAUGUUUUUCUUCACCCGCUACCCCAGCUCUGCUCUACUGAAAACCUACUUCCUUGAUGUGCAGUUCAGCCGCUGUGUCACCUCCCAGCUCAUCAAGUGGUUCAGCAACUUCCGUGAGUUUUACUACAUCCAGGUGGAGAAGUCUGCCCGGCAGGCCCUGCUGGAGGGCGUUGCAGACUCCAGUGCCCUGCGGGUCUCCCGGGACUCAGAGCUAUUCCGUGCCCUCAACACACACUAUAACAAGGGAAAUGACUUUGAGGUGCCAGGGCGGUUCCUGGAGGUGGCCAGCCUGACACUACGGGAGUUCUUCAGCGCCAUCAGGGCGGGCAAGGACGCUGACCCCUCCUGGAAGAAACCCAUUUACAAAAUUAUUUCCAAACUGGACAGUGACAUCCCAGAAGUGUUCAAAGCCACUGGCUGCUCCCAGGAACUUCUCCGCAGCUGAGUCUCCACAAAAGCAGCCCCAGGUCCUGUGUGCAGCCACCAUAUCCUAAGCACCUCCUGGGCACUCUGUACAGCAUCCAUUAUUCUGACUAUUUUCACUCUGUCCUGUACAACAGCUCCUUGGGCGAGGUCUGUUUCUUGCCUCAGGCACUGGGAUUUUACGCUGUGUGUU